GAGUGUAAAGGCUAAUUGAAUUCCCCAGAUAAGCCUCCACAGCUCAGGCGGCAGAGCUGGGAAUCCAACCCGGUUCCUCCAGAUCAUCGUGCUCCUGCUCUUAGCCACUGCUGCUCCCUGGAAGCCAGAUCCUGGGAAGGUUUACUCACGAAGAUCACCUGAGAUCAGGGGAAGGAAAUGGAAGAGCAAGAUCCAGAACAACCUGGAAUUGGCAGGAGAUCGAGGAAGGGCCCCCAUCCAAUCCCAACAGGGAGUGGUGUUGAUACCUGGGAAAGAGCUGUGUCAGAGAUCCUGGAUCAAGACACCGUGAACUCAGAUGUACAUAGGCGACGCUUCCGGCAGUUCUGUUAUUAUGAUGCUGAUGGGCCCCAAGAGGUUUGCAGCCAGCUCCAUGGACUUUGCAACCAGUGGCUGAAGCCAGAGCGGCACACCAAGAAGCAGAUCCUGGACCUGGUGAUCCUGGAGCAGUUCCUGACCAUCUUGCCCCCAGAAAUACAGUGCUGGGUCAGAGGAUGCGAGCCGGAAACCAGUUCCCAGGCCGUGAUCCUGGCUGAAGGUUUCCUUCUGAAUCAGGCAGAGGAGAAGAUGCAGGGAGAACAGAUGUGGGGUCCAUCCAUGAAGACAGAAGCUGAAUUCUCUGAGGCAGAAGGAGCUCCUUUGGAGGAGUGGCAGACAGCACAGGCCCAGGAGUAUGACGAAGAUGCCCUCUCACAUGGUAAAGAAGCUAAAAAAGUUGGUGAGUCUACAGUGGAGACAGACAAAGGCCUCCCAUCCAAAGGAAUUGUGGACAGUAUCUCAAGACAAUCUCAAGAGAGUGCUUCCUUCCCAGAUGAGCUGGCUGCAGGAGAAAAUGUCAAGGAGAUGGUUGGGGAAUUACAGGGGUUUUCGCUGGAAAAAGUCAAGGAAGAAGAAUCUCAGUGUGACUUCAUGGAUCAAGAGAGACCAGAGAAGCAACAGAGUAGCCAUGGAAAAAAGGUGACGGAAAAAAACAUUCCUUUCCGAAGAAGGGAUCUCCAUGAUGCAACUGAUAUGGCAGUGAAAACGUACAAAUGCUUGAAUUGGAAGUUGAAUUUCUCAGCUCAAACUGAAGGUGUUAUUGAUUUGCAAAAGCCCCCUGGAAAGAAGACCCGUAAUUGUGGAGAACAGCUCAUUAGGCACCAAACAAUCCAUAUAGGAGAGAAAAUGAAUAGCUGCUCAGUAAAAAAAGAAAAUAAUUUCUCUGAUUGGGAGACAGGUCAAUGUGGACAGAAAUUCGAUAGCAGUGUUGAUUUCCAGCAUCUGCAAACCCACAUAUUGGAGAAACCGUUUGAGUGCUUAGAAUGUGGAAAGAGGUUCACUACAAGUGGCUGUCUUAAUCUGCAUCAAACAACCCACACAGGAGAGAAACCUUUUGAGUGUUCAGAGUGUGGGAAGAGAUUUAAUCACAGUGGCCAUCUUCACGUGCAUCAAAGAACCCACACAGGAGAGAAACCUUUUGAGUGCUCACAGUGUGGAAAGAAAUUCAGUCAGAGUGGCACUCUUCAAAAGCAUUUAAGAACACACACAGGGGAGAAACCUUUUCAGUGCAUAAACUGUAGAAAGAGAUUCAGUACAAUAGGCAAUCUUCAAGCGCAUCAAAAUACGCACACAGGAGAGAAACCUUUUGAGUGCUCAGAAUGUGGAAAGAAAUUGAGCAGUACUGGAGAUCUUCGAAAGCAUUUGAGAACCCACACAGGAGAGAAACCUUUUGAGUGCUCAGAGUGUGGAAAGAGAUUUAGUUACAGUGGAAGUCUUCAACUGCAUCAAAGAACGCACACAGGAGAGAAACCUUUUGAGUGCUUAGAAUGUGGAAAGAGAUUCAGUAGAAUAGACAGUCUUCAAGUGCAUGAAAAAAUACACACAGGAGAGAAGCCUUUUGAGUGCCCAGAUUGUGGAAAGAAAUUGAGCAGCAUUGGAAAUCUUCACGUGCAUCAAAGGACUCACACAGGAGAGAAGCCUUUUGGGUGCUCAGUGUGUGGAAAGAGAUUCAGUCACAGUGGCACUCUUCAUCUGCAUCAAAGAACACACACAGGAGAGAAACCUUUUGAGUGCUCAGAGUGUGGAAUGAGAUUCAGUCAAAUUGGCAAUCUUCAUCUGCAUCAAAGAAUCCACACAGGGGAGAAACCUUUUGAAUGCUCACAGUGUGGAAAGAGAUUCAAUCACAGUGGCAGUUUUCAUCGACAUCAAAAAACCCACACAGGAUAGGAACCUUUUGAGUGCUCAUAAUGUGGAUGAAAAUUCACUCAGAGUGGCACUCUUCAAAAGCAUUUAAGAACACACGUAGGAGAGAAACCUUUUAAGUGCUUAGAAUUUUGAAGAAUCAUUGAAUCAUAGAGUUGGAAGAGACCCCAAGGUCCAUCAAGUCCAAACCCCUGCAAUGCAGGAACCAUAAUCUCCUGAAAGAUGGCCAUUGAGCCUCUCUUUAAAAACCUCCAAAGAA